AUGCCGAAAGGGAAAUCUCUUCUCAAAGAAGUCAACAAUGCGAAAAAUAAGUCCAAGAAAAAGGGCAGAAACCAGCAUGCUGACCCCGAAACUGCCGAUGAGUUUCUAGCCGCUGGCGUUGACCAGGAAGAAGGCGGCGAGAAAUGGCGCGCUGGCGAUGCCGUCAAAGCCAUGCGAUUCUUCAUGCGCGCCAUUGAGAUUUACGAUAAUGGGCUUGCCAAGUAUCCCACAUCGUUCGAUUUGGCAUACAACAAAGCCCGCGUUCAGUACGAAAUCACUCAACAUCCCAAACUAGCUACCCAGCUCCCCGCACCGCAAAUCAAAAUCCUCCAUAUCGCUCUACAAUCGCAUCGCGACGCGCUCGUACUCGAUCAAGAUAAUGCGGAUGUCCUGUUCAACACGGCGCAGGUUUUGACGAGUCUUGCAGAGGCGUUGACUGAAUCCAAACGGCCUAAUGAAAGUCGUAUCCAGGAAGCGAUGAAAUAUCUGAAUGAGGCGUUGGAGUUGUUUCAGAGGUGUUUGGUCGUGCAGGAGCUCCGAUAUACCGAGUCGCAGGAACAAAUCAAGAUAUUGGAAGCUGGGGAGGUUCCGCAGAUCGAGACCGAAGAACCGGAAGGAGAAGAGAUGGAUACAGAGUCAGAGACACCUGCGCAAGAAGAGUGGGCUGCUGUGGUGGAGCCGGUCACGAAGGAUACACUGGUUGAUACGGCCGUUGCACAGCUGGAGACUUUGGCGACGUUAUGCGGUCUGUUGGCCCUCGAUGGCGGUAGUGGUCUGGCGUGGGUGGAAGAAUACUCGUACGACUUGUUGAGAACGAGAAUCGCGGCGUAUGUCGAAGGCACAGACAGAGAACAGGAAGUUGCACUAGCUCGCGCGAUAUUUGUGGCAGCACUGACGGACGUAUUGUACCGAAGUGGAAGAGCCGAUGUAGAGACGUAUCAGAGAGAGCUGAGCGGCGCAUUUCCGCCUGAGUUGGACCUCUCAGACAACCCCGAAGGUCUUUGCAGUAAAGCAGAGGCCCUUAUAUCGUUCAACUCUGCAAUUGCAGAUAAUCCUCCAGCGGGUACUAUUGAAGAAGUGCAAAAGUCGCUCGUUUCGCGUUGGCAGGCAUUGACUGCAGCCUUGGAGGCGUUGACCGCGGCUUCAAAAUUAGCCAGUGCAGACAACGUGCCGAAAAUUCACAUCGCCAGAGGAGACGCCGAAAUGUCGCGGUGGCAGUUGGGCAGACCUCCGUGGAGUUACUCCGUGGCAGACGAAAAUGCGGCGACACUGUUGAAAAACGCGCAGACAUAUUACCGUGGCGCUGCUGCUUUGGCGCGAAGAGACGGCGACGCAGAGCAAGAAAAGGAAGGUUCCUGCAAGGAAUCGCUCGCUGCAGCGCUGGCCGGAGACAAGACCAAAUUGGACCAACUGAGAAGCGUAGAGUCGGAAAAGGUGAUGGGCAUUGCGCAAGAAAUGAUCGAAGAUGGAUUAGUCGGACUAACCGAUGCGGAGUCGCUGCUCACGUGA